AUGCAAAAAAAUUGCAUUAUGUAUACUUAUCGCGUAUACAAUUGUUUAUUUGACCUAAAUAAAGAUGACUUGGAUAACUUAAAAAAAAAGAUAGAAGAGAAAUAUUUAUAUGAUUAUUUUAGUAAUUAUAAUAGUAUUAAGACUUAUGAAACUUGUGAACAUGUAAAAUUAGACAAAUAUAAAAAAUAUUUAACUGAAAUUUGUACAUUUUAUGAUGAGCAUAAAAAAAAAUACGAAUGUUGCAAUGGUUCAUGGUUACAUGAUUGCUUCAAUUAUUUUAAAUGUGAUGACAAUUUAAAUCCCCAUAAACUAUUAUAUAAAUUAAACAAUGGGGGUACAGGAAGCUGUGAUAAGUUAGAAAAGGAAAAGAAACCUUCAUCAUCUGGUAAUUCUGUUACUUCUCAGGGUGAAGAAUCAAAUAUUAUGAACACAUUUUACACAGGACCAUGUAAGCAUAUUGGUGAUGGAAGAUUAAUGUGUAGUUUACGUCAAGCAUCGCAUAUAUCUCCAAAAUUUCCCUUCAAACCUCUUAAAUAUAAUACGGAUGAAAAAUAUGCUCAAAAUAAGAUGAACUUUCCCACCUAUGCAAAUCCGUCCGGUGUCAUAGUUCAAUAUCAAGAGAAUCAUUCAACAUUAGAAUCUAAUGAUAGAAAUUCCAAUGAUUUGAGCCCAAAGAAAAUUGAACACGUAAAAACUGAAAACACAAAAAACGAAAGUACGGACCCCUUGAAUCCUGUAUCUUCGGAAACACAGAAAAAACCUUCACAAACUGUAGAAGUCAUAGGAGGAUUCAAAUGGAAAUUCGGUAAUGGAACCCUAUCUUGUCCUCCAAAAAAUUCAAACGAAGAUAAAUACAAUUUAUGCAGAUACAUUAGAAAUUUAAAAGAAACACAUAAUAUUAUAAAGAAUUUAAACAUGGGGAGUGUAGAUCCAUUAAAUAACAAUUUUUCACAAGUAAAAAACUUAAUCAACUUUAAUCUAAUUGAAAAAACUAAUCAAAGAGGUAUAACUAUGGGUUCAAACUCAGAUUCUACAACAAAUAUAAUUAGUAACAUGGAUUAUCCUGGUAAUAGAGUACAUGAAGAACAUGUGUUAAACAGCAAUUAUAUCCGCGUUUCUAUGGUAGCAGCUUUAAUAUUAGGAAUAAUUUUUCUUUUUUUCAUUUAUUAUAAAGUAAAUGAAAAUUAA